GAUCCGAGCCGAUCACACCGGACUCCUCUGACUAAAACAGCUCAUUUCCAGCCGAGAGCCGGGGAACAAUACCGACAUGACUGUGCCAACUCUCCGACAACUUUUCCUGGUGUGUGUGUUGGGGAUUUUCGGAUGCUCCAACUCCACAGAUGCCAGUCCUGUGGAUCAGUGGGCGGAUGGCAUAGUGUUAAGAGAGGUGCGAGGCAUCCAAGGUGAUGAUUUGAAUAAUGUGUUGAGAAGCCAGAAUGAGGAACAAGUCCAGAACAUUUUCAAAAGAUUCCUGUUUCAUUACUCCAAAGCACGCAAUUCAGUUGGCCCAGUACAGCAGGAGGCUCACUCAGUUCACCCUCUGCUGCGACUGUCACCCAAGCUCUCUCAGAGGAGAAAGAAGAAGGUGGUACUUCUGAAGAUUCGAGGUCUGCCAGAGGGGAUGUUGUAAAAGAAGACUCCGACAAAAACAAGCAAACUAAAUCAAUUAAAUGUGGAGAUGAAGAGCAGCUGGCAGCUCCGACUCCGACCAAGACCGACUGAGCGACGCACGGCAACUCUGGCUCAUCUUUCCAGAUGGAAAAAAAAGCUUUUUGUAAAUAGAAAAUAAAUUAUAUGUAAAGUUGGGCAAAACUGAACUGUGCUGCCAUCGCUGCCAUGCGUCUUGAUGCUUCCAAAUGUUCACUUGUCGUAACUGGAUCGUGACCGUUGCCGGGACCAAAUGUGACAUGUUGACUUGCAAUGCAAGCGAUGAGUGACACGAUACAAAACCUCCAAAUCAUUUCUUAGUCAAGUUAGGAUCAGCAGGAACACCAGCUCCAAAAAAGAGAGAACUGACUACUGUGACAAAGAGAUGAACUCACAUUUAAUUCAAAGAAAAUUAGAUUUACAUGACAUUUUGUGACACAAUUAUCAUUCAACAUAAUAAAAAAGUUCUAAUUUGUCUUUGAUUUUUCUGCAAGGACAUGUUUAAUGUUUAUUCAGAUAGCAAAAGUGUGAAUGUCGUGCUGUUUCCCCCAAUAAAAUGUAGAGGAGGCUGAGAGGUUGAACAGGAUGAUACUGUGUUUGUUUGUCUCCAGCCAAGUGGCCUGAACAAACGCCUCCAACAACCACUGAGCUCUGCACAGGAGCGCCAGCUGCACAACUUAAACACGGAAAAAAGAACACAAUGUUGAAGGAGAUGCUGUCCUCAGUAUGUCCCCACUCAGGAGUUUACAGAUCCUCUUCCAUGACGUGACCACAAGAUCUCUCUGUGACAGGCU